ACAAAACGUCAUUCUCGUGACAUCAAGCGAUAACUUUCCUGCUUUCAAAGGCGUAUAGAAUUGUUUAUCUCAUAAAACGAUAUUGUAAAACUAUGAUAUAUUCAUGACGCAAACAUUCUUGUGUAUGAAAUUGAGUAACCCGUUAUUACACACUAUACACGCGAGAAAAUGGCGAACAACAGAAUCCCUUCAGGACCUAACACUCCUGGCAGUCAGCAGACUCCCACACAGCAGGGAAUCAAAAUAUUCAUACAAAGAGACUAUUCUGAAGGCACUGCAGUUAAAUUCCAGACUAGAUUCCCGCCUGAGCUUGAAGAAAGGAUAGACAGACAAACCUUUGAACAUACAAUAGAGAGACUGAAUGAGCACUUUGAAAUGGCAGAGACAGCAGACUGCAGUACAUAUUGUGAGGGAUGCCUUGCCUGUCUGACUGCCUACUUCAUUUAUAUCUGUACAGAGACACAUUAUGAAAAGCAUUUAAGGAAAGUCUCAAAAUUCAUAGCAACACAAAACGAAAGGGUAUACAACCCCCGAGGUGUUCAUAUAACUGAUCCCAUUCUUCGCGGACUACGAGUCAUUGAAAUCACGAUGAUAGACGUACCCAACUGCCAGAGCCCGACAGGGAAUAACACAUCGAUCCGACAUACUUGACCACCACACGACAGCAGGGAGUUUUUCAUGUAACGUUUCUGGUUUUAAAGGAUUUUUGUGAAACUUGGUACUGGAAAUCGGCAAUGAAGCUAGUUUUAUUUUUAAAUUAAUUAUAAAUACAAUACAUAAUAACAACAAUAGUUACAGAGUAAUAUUAAAGACGGCAAUGUCAAAUUCUAGAUCGGGACAACAACGGCAACAUCUUGUUUUUAGUAUUUCUGUUAUAACAAACUGUGUGAGCAAUGCGGCAUGCGUCCUUUGUGAGUAGUAUAGACAGCAAGUCCGCCGGGAUGCCUGUAUGUGUGCUACUUCUUCAGUUUUCUGUUCUCAUUAGUCAGAAUUGAGACUUUUGAUUAUCUGCGCCACAUUGGUCUGUAUUCUCUGUGUGAGUCACCACACUAUAUGAGAUAACAGAGAUAAGAUUUUUAAUCCCACAUUAAGUUAAUUUUAUACAAGUGGCAAUGUGAUUUAUAAAAGUGACAACUUUUGGAAAUAUAUUGAGAAUCCAUAAGGAGCCUUGGAGUGCUGAGCCCAAAUACUUAAUGUUUUUAAAUGUACUUUUUAUUAGAAGCAGCAAGCUUUUGAAAUCUUGACAAAAAUAUUGCAAUUGUUCGAUGCAUAAUCUAUAUACUUAAUCUUUUUUUGUUUUGUCACAAACAUUUUGUGGAAAAAUCAGUCAAGACUGAAGCUAAAUUGCAAUUUAAUAACAAGAAGAUGCCUGUUACAAAACCAAUACUUAAUUGAAAAUAUUCAGUGACCGGUUCGAUCGUCCAGUGCCGCCUUGCACCUAAUCGUAUUUACCUUUUUUGCCUGUGCUAGGCUACUGGCACGAGGCUUUAUACAAGCUUUACCGGACGGGUAGGUGAUCUCACGGGCUCAAUGCGAAUAUGCUAACGGUAGCCCUAGCAAGUGAAGUGCUUCACAAAAUCUACUACCGGUUCGAAAUCGUGUUCCACUGAUAAGGUCCUUAGAGAAACUGAGUUGGCUGUGUCUGUGAGUUAAGUUACUCGCCGAACCCUUCGUCGCUUUCGACGAGACCAAUGACAGGUGCUUGGAAUGCCUAAAAAUUCCGAUAUUGGAUCUAGAGGAUCCGUGGCGUGCUUCUGACGACGGUGACUGGUUACCGUUCGGUCCACACGUCUGGGUGCUACACGCUGACUAUAUAUAUUAACUGAUGGACGUCUUUACCAGUACUAAAUGCAUCGGGACAAGCACGAUUGUGACAACUGGUCCAUCGUCUAUAUUUGAAACAGUAAGCUUGCUCCAUCACUUUCAAACCAAAAUAGGUACCAAGUUUCAAAAAUUCUUUACUUUACACUAAACGGUUUUUAAAUAUAAUUAUAUUAUCAAUUCGUAAUUAGUUUUUAUACAAAUUAGUGAUUUGAAUGUCAUGUAAUCAAUUUAGCUGUAAACAUUUUUUCUUUAAGACAAUUGAAUAUAAAGUGAACUAAACACUGUCGUAAGCAAAAUUGGCAUAAAUUUACGUACAUACUACCCAACAUUUCGACCAAGUAAUAACUAAGGCACUUGGGGGCUGCUCGUUGUGGGGGCUCCCAAGGAGCCGCCGGAAGGUAACCGCUGGUAGUAACCGUUGGGCCAGCGGUCGACAGAGUGAUAAGAUAAUAAUAACACUGACAGUUCGAAACUAAAAACGCUAGUCGACAGUUGGGUACACCGAUAAAUGAUUACUGGUACUUGCCGAACUAGGUGCUCCGUGGAGUGGAGCUAUAUCCAUUGUACACGUUCUGGUGUGGUAUCCAAAAAUAAUAUUAAAUGUUUCAAUUAUUAUUUUAUUUUAAUGUUUUUAAAGUGAAUUUUUUAUUUUAUAUAGUUUCGCAGUUAGAACUCCCUCGCCUUAACGUUCUUCCAUUUAUUUAAAUGUUAUAGAAUAGAUUUUGACUAUGUAAUUGUAUUUUGAAAUAAUAAAUAAUCUCUUGCGAAAACAUUGCGACCCGCGGUCUAGGGUCGGAGGACCGCGGCGGGCUCCCAGCCGCUGCUUCUAUGAUAUCUUCGAAACUAUUCGUACGUGAUUAUUUAAUAUUGCGAAUAUCAUUAAGAUAUUUAGAUAGAUUUAAAUUGAAUAUUCAUGUCACUGAAUGUAUAGAUGUAAGUUAAGUUGUAUUGGGAUAGUUGCAUCAAAUGCUCAUUUUGACUUUAGAAUGGGAGGGCAGACAGACCUCCCGGCUCGUGAGGCGGUCGUGAGGGAAGGGGGCUGUGUCGGAGUGCCCAAGCGGGACACGUAGAUGAUGAAGGGUUGGAAUCUGUCUAUAAGCACCAGUCCAGAACAGAUUCCGCCGCCGCUGGUGCAGUAUGUGGCGGACCGCGCGGGCCCCCACAACGCGCCUCCGGUGGAUUAUGUAACAUAGUGUAAUUAAAGGCAAAUACAAAACUUGUAAAUUUGCAUACUUACUGCGAAGCAUAUCGACUGUGACCUACUAUCAAGCUACCGAUGAUCUUAUCUUUCAUGUGCCGCUGCCCCCUGUCAGCUGACUUGUCACUAGAUACUCGUGCUUUUAUUCAUAAUAUUCUAUAUUUGCCUUACAUACCUUCAAUACUGAAAACCGUCGAGAUCUUAACUCUGCGACGACGUUUAUAUCCGUCACCUGUCAAUAUAAACGGGUUCAGUUCCCAGCGAAGGCGUAUUAUUUUAUGUGAUUUUCGCGCACCGUGAUACGACUUUAUUAAAUUAUUAAAAUAUUGUUUUCUAGCAUUUAUUUCCACCACGUACGUAUUGUUGUUAGCCAACAAACCGGUCGUGGUGUUAUUUAACGAACCGAAAUUGGUGUACAGCGACUUUUUUCACCGGUCGGCUGGGCACCCCCCACUCGAUCGCGUGUAGGGUCUGGUGGAAUUAUUCGCGCGCCAUUACGUUGUUGAUGCUGUGACUAAACCUUUAUAUGUGCCAAGAAUAACUGAUUAGUAAACCGCGUAAACUGUGCUAACAAACCUACACCAUCGAACUCCUCAUUUUGAUCGGUGUACUUCGUGCGAGUUUUUUAACGUUCUCGAUAGCGAAAAAGUUAACUCAUAUUUGCAUGAAAUGGGAUCGUUUGCGUACGUUUGCCGCUAGGGGCGCUGUUCCAACUGCAUACGAAAUUGGGUUAACUUUUACGUGAUCGGUAACGUUAAGAAACUCGCACUAAGCACACGGAUCGUUUAGAAUCCGAAAUGAGAUGAUACAUUUAAGAGUAUUAGUUUGUUUGUUAUUGCUGUCAAAUUGCCGUGCGUCUUUAUUGCUGCUCAUCUCCAGACUGGUUUUGCUGCAUUCUUUAUUUCAGCUUGCCACAUUGCAUGUUGUUCUCCACAGCUUCUUUAUCCGUCAGCUGGACUCCUUUGGACCGGGCCCUGACCUGGCACCUUUACUGGUGGUAGGACCUCUUGUGACUCCGCGCGGGUAGGUACCACCACCCUGCUUAUUUCUACCGUGAAGCAGUGAUGCGUUUCGGUUUGAAGGGUGGGGCAGAGCCGUUGUAACCACAUUUACAUUGUAGAUGUCUAUGAGCUCCAGUAACCACUUAACACCGGGUGGGCUGUGAGCUCGUCCACCCAUCUAAGCAAUACGCUCUGACCUACUCCGUGUUUGUUAGUUUUGACGUCGAAUAGUAUAUCUCAACGUUUGUAAACCCCACAACAUAGAAUGAAUGAACCAGCGGCCAUUGCACCAACUGCGUCUGUCCCCUUCACGGCUUGUGGUACGAUACGAUAGUAAAUGUUUUCCGAUUAGUUUUAAUUAAUUAUCAUUUUAUAAUCACAAAUUUAUAAAACUUUUGUAAUAUAAAGAUACAUAUUAAUAUUAUAAUUGUGAAAAUGUGAGUGGAUUAGUUGAAUGUGGAAAUUAUAUUAUUAAAUAAAUAAAAUAUCGAUAUUAUUAUUAUA